UGUCUCGGACAGCACUACCCCAACAGUCCCCAGUCUUGGCACAGGCGCCAGUCCAGCGGGUCCCAAUACACCUGUGUCGUCUGGGGCACCAGGGCUGCUGACCUCACAGGUUCCUAGUUCUGAGACAGUUGCCAGUGGGGUUACUCCACCUCUGACUCUUUCUCCUCAUGAACUGGCCACCACAGCCUCAGGGGUGACUCACCCUGCAGCCGGGACUCUGUCAGCCGAACCAACUCAGACGGACUCCCCUGAUGUUUCAGGAGCACCGAGCUCAGUCGCCACCAGUUCUGGGGCAGAGACCACUCCACCUUUUCCAACGCUGACCGAUUUCCCACAUGAACUAGACACCACAGAAGCCAGUUCAGCUGUUCCAACCCUGACUGCAUCCCCCGAGGAUCCAGGUGCAAGCGUCUCUUUGGUCACCCAGUCCUCAGACACCAGCCCAUCUUUUCCCAAAGGCACUUCCAGUGUGUCCAGCAGUGCAUCAGACAGCGCACCCUCGAUGGCCACUGGUGCUGCUGUGGAAGCUGUUUCAACUCUUCCAGGGAGGACCGUCAAGACUGUGGUACCAGGGGUGGUGACCUCACGGGUCACUAGUUCUGGGGCAGAGACCACCACCACUGCUUCAACUUUGACCACCGACCAAGAUCAUCCGGAGACCAGAGCCUCCUGGGCCACGCACUUGGAAACGGAAGCCAGGUCAGCUGUUCCAACUCUGACCGAGUCCCCUCCUGAGGCAGGUGCAACAGUCUCCUCGGUUUCCCGACCUGGGGCACAGACCACUUCAAUCAUUUCCACUUUGGCCCUUUCCCCUGCUGUAUCAGGGGUGCACUUCUCACAGGUAAGCAGUUCUAGGGCAGAGACUGCUACAACUCUUCCAACUCUGACCGAUUCCACACCUGAACCAGAGACAGCAGCCUCGUGGGGCACCCAUCCUGCAGCAGAAGCCAGUUCCAUUGUUCCAACUGUGACUGUUUCUUCUCCUGAGCCAGACACCACAGCCUCACGGGUCCACUCGGCAAAGACCAGCUCCUCGGAUUCCAGAAAGACGCCAACUUUUCCCCCUGGUGAGUUAGACAGCAUAUCUUCAACGGCCACCAGUUCUGGAAGAGAAGCCAGUUCAGCCCUUCCAGCAGUGACUCUCCCACUUGAUGUACUCACCACGGGCUCCUCCCCGGUCACCAGUUCUGGGACACAAGGCCACAGGACUUUCUCAACUGGCACCGAGUCCCUGCAUGAGUCAGAUACGACAGUCUCUUUGGUCACCCGUCAUGCAGAGUCCAGCACAUUUUUGUCCAAAAGCACUUCCAGUGUGUCCCACAGUGAGUCAGACAGUGCACCCUCGAUGGCCAGUAGUCCUGGGGCAGAAGCCAGUUCAGCUCUUCCCGGUAAGACUGUCAAAACUGUUGCACCAGGGGUGGUGACCUCCCGGGCCACCAGUUCUGGGGUAGAGACUGGCACAACUGCUGCAACUUUGACUGCUUCCCAACUUCACCUGAAGACCACGGCCUCAUGGGCCACCCAGUUUGACACGGAAGCAAGGUCAGCUGAUCCAACUCUGACUCUGUCCCCUCCUGAGCCAGGCACAACAGUGUCCCUGGUCACCCGUCCCUCAGAGACUGACCUCGUUGCUUCCCAAACACCGUUUGAAGUUUCCCACAGUGAAUCAGACAGCAUAUCUUCAACAGGCAGCAGCAGUCCCGAGGCAGAAGCCAGUUCAGCCCUUCCAACGGUGACUGUCCCGUUUCAUGUGCUCACCAUGGCCACCUCCCCCGGCACUUCCAGUGUGUCCAGCAGUGCAUCAGACAGCGCACCCUCGAUGGCCACUGGUGCUGCUGUGGAAGCUGUUUCAACUCUUCCAGGGAGGACCGUCAAGACUGUGGUACCAGGGGUGGUGACCUCGGCCCUGAAGACCACGGCCUCAUGGGCCACCCAGUCUGACUCGGAAGCAAGGUCUGCUGUUCCACCUCUGACUCUGUCCCCUCGUGAUCCAGAGACAACAGUGUUUAUGGUCACCUAUUUGACAGAGACCAGCCUAACACUUCCUCAAACAACAUCCACUGUUUUUCAUGGUGAAUCAGAACCCACAUCCUCAGUGGCCACUGACCUCAGGCCUGAAGCCAAUUCUUCUAUUCCAACUCUGACAGUCUCUUCUGAAGUGCCAGAGACCACAGGCUUCCCAGCCACCAGCCCUGCAUCAGUGGUCAGCACAGUCAUUCCAGCCGUGCCUGCUUCCCCUGGUGUUCUGGAGCCUGGCAGCAGCCCUGCCACCACUGGCGAGUCUUACACUGUAGCUUCCUGGAGCACACAAACCUCACCACCUGCAAUCUCAGCUGGACCCCCAGAGUUUUCCCAGACUGCAACAGAUGGCACUAUGACCUUGAUUACAUCUAAAAUCAGUCACGAAGGAUCAAGUCCAACCACCACCCUGAAAACUACAACUCUUGAGUCCACUAAAUUAGCUGCUUCUGAUUCAGGCCCCACCAUGGCCAAGACGACAGCCACUUCCAGUACACUGGCCGGAAGUUCCUUUGUCCCUGCGACCACACCCAACAUGUCCAUGUCAGCCUAUGCGAGUGUGACUUCAGGAACGACUACCAUUCCUUUGCUGAUGUCUUUUAUUGUCAACUUCACCAUCACCAACCUGUACUACAGGGAGGACAUGGGAAACUUGGGCUCUAAGAUAUUCAAUGCCACCGAGAGACGCCUGCAGCAACUGCUGGGGCCCUUGUUCAAGAACAGCAGCAUCAGUUCCCUCUAUGCUGGCUGCAGACUGGCCUCGCUCAGGGCUGAAAAAGAGGGAACAGGCACCACAGUGGAUGUGGUCUGCACCCACCAUCCGGGUCCCACUGGCUCCGGGCUGGACAGAGAGCGGCUGUACUGGGAGCUGAGCCGGCAGACCGGCAGCGUCACGCGCCUGGGCCCCUACGCCCUGGACAGGAAUAGUCUCUUCGUCAGUGGUUACAACCAUCGAGACUGGAUCCCCACCACUAGCACCCUGGUGACCUCCACGUUCUCUCCAGGACCCGCAGCAUCUGUGAGCCCCACCCCCAGCUCUACAGCUGCAGAUGUGGGCCCAGCCCCAGUGCCUUUCACCCUCAUUUUCACCAUCACCAACAUGCUCUACACCCCAGACAUGAGGCGCCCAGGAUCUGCGAAGUUCAACUCCACUGAGAGGGUUUUGAAUCACCUGCUUGGUCAUUUGUUCAAGAACACCAGCAUCGGCCCACUGUAUUCUGGCUGCAAACUGGCCCAGCUCAGGGCUGAGAAGGAUGGGGAAACAACUGGAGUGGACAUCGUCUGCACCUACCAUCCUGACCCCGUGGGCCCUGAGUUGGACAUAGAAGAGCUGUACCAGGAGCUGAGUUGGCUGACCCAUGGCGUCACCCUGCUGGGUACCUACACCCUGGACAGAGACAGUCUCUAUGUCAAUGGUUAUAACCGUCGCAGCUGGACCCCCGCCACAAGCAGUUACACCCAUCGGACCUCAGCCUCCACCCACAGUGACCAUUUCUCUUCAACCACUGUGACCUCCACGCUCUUCCCAAAGACCUCGCUGGUGCCAGCCCCCUUCUCCAGCUCCACAGCAGCGGCCCCUUUGCUGGUGCCGUUCACCCUCAACUUCACCAUCACCAACCUGCACUACGAGGAGGGCAUGCGGCACCGGGGCUCCAGGAAAUUCAACGCCACAGAGAGGAUCCUGCAACGUGUGCUGAAGUCUGUGUUCAAGAACAGCAGCCUGAAAUUACUCUACGCAGGCUGCAAACUAGCCUCACUCAGCCCUGAGAGGGAAGAGACAGCCACCAGAGUGGACGUCAUUUGUGCUCACCGCCCUGACCCCGAAGGCCCUGGGCUGGACAGAGAGCGGCUGUACUGGGAGCUGAGCCAGCUGACCCGUGGCGUCACCGUGCUGGGACCCUACGUGCUGGACAGGGACAGCCUCUGGGUCAAUGGUUUCACCCAUCGGAGCCCCACACUCUUCACCAGCACUCCUGGGACCUCCACAGUCGACCUAGGGACCUUGGGGACCCCAUCUUCAUUCUCCAGCGCCCCAGUUGCAACAACCAGCCCUAUCCUGGUGCCAUUUACCCUCAACUUUACCAUCACAAACCUGCGGUACGUGCCUGGCAUGGGGCAUCCUGGAUCUGCAAAAUUAAACAUGACGGAAGAGGUCCUGCAGCCCAUUCUUGGUUCUUUGUUCAAGAGCACCAGCAUCGGCCCACUGUAUUCCAGCUGCAGACUGACCUCACUCAGGCCUGUGAAGGACGGGUCGGCCACCAGAGUGGACGCCGUCUGCACCUACCACUCUGAGCCCACAAGCACAGGGCUGGACAGAGAGCAGCUGUAUGGGGAGCUGAGCCAUGAGACCCAUGGCGUCACCCGGCUGGGCUCCUUCACGCUCGACAGGGACAGCCUUUGUGUCAAUGGUUACACCCACCAGGCCCUGACCUCCGCCCCCAGCACUGCUAUGACCUCCACCAUCCCCCCAGCAACUUCAGGGACCCCAGUCCCCAUCUCCAUCGCCACUGUUCCUGCCCUCAUGCCAUUCACUCUCAACUUCACUGUCACUAACUUGCACUAUGAGGAGAACAUGGGUCGCCUUGGUUCCUGGAAGUUCAACACCACUGAGAAAGUUCUGCAGGGCCUGCUCAGAAUCUUGUUUAAGAAAAGCAGUGUGGGCCCCCUCUACGUGGGCUGCAGACUGACCAUGCUAAGGCCCAGGAAAGAUGAGACAGCCACUGGAGUGGACAUUGUCUGCACACACCAUCCUGACCCAGGGGGCCCUGGGCUGAACAGCGAGCGGCUGUACUGGGAGCUGAGCCAGCUGACUUAUGGCGUCACUCGGCUGGGCCCCUACACCCUGGACCAGGACAGUCUCUACGUCAAUGGUUACACCCAUCAGACUCGGACAACCACCCCCAGCAUGUCCAUGGUGGCCACAGUUGCUGCAGGGAUCCCACCUCCUUCCUCCGGGCCCACAGCUCCUGGCCCUGCCCUGGUGCCCUUCACCCUCAACUUCACCAUCACCAACCUGCACCACACGGAAGACAUGCAGCCAGGCUCUGCAAAGUUCAACUCCACAGAGUCAUUUCUACAAUAUCUGCUCAAGCCCUUGUUCACCAACAGCAGCAUUGGCUCACUCUACACUGGCUGCAGACUGGCCACACUACGGCCUGAAAAGGGUGGAGCAGCCACUGGAGUUGAUGCCAUUUGUACCCACCAUCCUGACCCUGCAGGCCUCCUGUUGGACAGGGAGCAGCUCUACUGGGAGCUGAGCCACCAGACCUAUGGUGUCACCCGGCUUGGUCCCUACAUCCUGGACAAGGAUCGUCUCUAUGUCAGUGGUUACACCAAACCAGCUUCGACCUCCAUUUCCAAUGUUUCUGCGAUUCCCACACCCUCCUUGGGAAACUCAUCAGCUCUAAUGCCCUCCAGUUCUACAGUCUCUGGCCCUGUCCUGGUGCCACUCACCCUUAACUUCACCAUCACCAACCUGCACUACAUGGAGGACAUGCAGUUUCCGGGCUCAGUGAAGUUCAACAAAAUAGAGAAGCUCCUGCAGCACCUGCUCAGAGCCUUGUUUAAGAACACCAGUGUGAGCCUCCUCGACUCCAGCUGCAGACUCACCUCGCUCAGGCCUGAGCGGGAUGGAGCAGCCACCAGCGUGGACAUCGCUUGCAACCACCACGCUGACCCCGCAGGCCCGGGACUAGACAGAGAGUGGCUGUACUGGCAGCUAAGCCAGCUGACCCAAAGUGUCACUAAGUUGGGUCCCUACACCCUGGACCAGGACAGUCUCUAUGUCAAUGGCUACACACACAAGACUUCAGAAACUACCUCCAGUGCCACAGAACCACCCCCCGUGCCGUUCACCCUCAACUUCACCAUCACCAACCUGCACUAUGUGGAGGACAUGUGGCCUCCAGGCUCCUUGAAAUUCAACACCACGGAGAAGUUCCUGCAGCGUCUGCUCAAGCACUUGUUCAAGAAUACCAGUGUGGGCACACUCUUCUCAGGCUGCAGACUGACCCUCCUCAGGCCCAGGAAGGAUGGGACAGCCACUGGAAUGGACGUCAUCUGCACACACCGCCCUGACCCUGGAGGUCCCAGGCUGGACACCGAGCGCCUCUAUGGGGAGCUGAGCCGGCUGACUCGUGGCUUCACCCAGCUGGGCCCCUACACCCUGGACCAGGACAAUUUCUAUGUCGAUGGUGAAGGACUGCCAUCUUUUUGGAAUCUCGGCUUGUUUCGCAUCCUCCCUUUCCAUUGCCCUUUCCCUAAUCUCUCCUCCCCCUCACAGCGUUUCUCCACCUUUGCAGGUUACACCCACCGGAUCCAGACCAGCACCCCCAGGAGUCACACCCAUUUGUUCUCAGCCACCACUCCCAAAACCACUGGCCCCACCCUACUGUUCUUCACCCUGAACUUCACCAUCACCAACAUGCACUACACGGAGGACAUGGGGCGCCCAGCUUCUUUGAAGUUCAAUUCCACUGAGAGGAUCCUGCAGCGCCAGCUGCGGCUCUUGCUCCGUAACACCCGUGUUGGCCCCCUCUACUCUCACUGCAGAUUGACCUCGCUCAGGCUUGAGAAACAUGGAGCAGCCACUGGAGUGGACAUUGUCUGCACCUACCACUCUGGUCUUGCGGGCCCCAUGCUAGACAGAGAGCAGCUGUACUGGGAGCUGAGCAACCAGACCCACGGUGUCACUCGGCUGGGCUCCUUCACCCUGGACAAGGACAGCCUUCACGUCAAUGGUUACACCUAUGGAGCCACAGCCUUGACUCCCACCACUGCAGAGGUCAAGGAGGAGCCUUUCACCCUGAAUUUCACCAUCAACAACCUACACUACUCGGCAGACAUGGGCCAUCCAGGCUCCCUCAAGUUCAACAUCACAAACACCCUCAUGCAGCAUCUGCUCAGCCGGUUGUUCUGGAGAAGCAGCCUUGGUUCCCGAUACGCAGGUUGCAGGGUCACCUCGCUAAGGUCUGUGAAUAAUGGCGCCAAUACAAGGGUGGACUUUCUCUGCACCUACCGCCAGCCUCCCAGCGGCCCAGGUCUGCCUGCCGAGCAGGUGUUCCAUGAGCUGAGCCGGCAGACCCGGGGCAUCACUCGGCUGGGCCCCUACUCUCUGGAUAAGGACAGCCUCUACCUCAAUGGUUAUAAUGAACAAGGUCCAGAUGAGCCUCCUCCAACUCCUGAGCCAGCCACCACAUUCCUGCCCACCUCAUCAUCCCCUGUGCAACCAGAGGCAACCACAGCUCUGUUGGGCAACCUGGAGACCCUCACGCUCAACUUCACCAUCUCCAACCUCCAGUACUCAGCAGACAUGAGCAACGGUUCGUCCACAUUCAACUCCACUGAGAGGGUCCUGCAGCACCUGCUCAGAUCCUUGUUCAAGAAGAGCAGUCUGGGCCCCUGCUGUGUGGAUUGCAGACUGAUCUCCCUCAGGCCUGAGAAGGGUGGGGCAGCCACCAGCGUGGAUGCCAUCUGCACCUACCCCCCUAACCCCUUGGACCACGGGCUCGACAGAGAUCGGCUGUACUGGGAGCUCAGCCAGCUGACCCACAGAGUCACCCAACUGGGCCCCUACACCCUGGUCCCAGGCAGCCUCUUUGUCAAUGGCUAUGCCCCCCAGAGUGCGUUUAUCCCGAGUGAGUACCAGCUAAAUUUCCGCAUCAUCAACUGGAAUCUUAGCAACCCAGACCCCAUGUCCUCCGAGUACACCACCCUGCUGAGGGACAUCCAGGACAAGGUCACCAAACUUUACAGAGGCAGCCAGUUACAAGAUGCAUUCCACUCCUGCUUAGUUACUGACUUGAAGUUGGGCUCCAUGUCCGUCACCAUCCGGGAACUGUUCUCCUCCAGUGUAGACCCCAGCGUGGUGAAGCAAGUCUUUCUGGACAGGACCCUCAAUGCUUCAUCCCACUGGUUGGGCGCCACCUAUCAUUUGGCGGAUAUUCAAGUGACAGAAGUGGAGACAUCAGUUCAUCUGCCGACAGACAAACCAACCAGCAGUCCCAGCUCUCAGCACUUCCAGCUGAAUUUCACCGUCACCAACCUACUGUAUGUCCAGGAUAUAGCCCAGCCAGGCACCACCAAACACCAGCGGAGCAAGAGAAGUGUGGAGAACGCGCUCAACCAUCUCUUCCAAAACAGCAGCAUCAAAAGUUAUUUUUCCGACUGUCAAGUUUUAGCGUUCAGGUCUGUCCCGCACAGCAACCACACUGGGGUGGACUCCCUGUGUCACGUCUCACUGUCGGCACAGGUCAUGGACAGAGUCGCCAUCUAUGAGGAAUUUCUCCAGUUGACCCAGAAUGGUACCCAGCUGCAGAACUUCACCCUGGACAGGAGCAGUGUCCUAGUGGAUGGGUAUGCUCCAAGCAGACAUGACGCCCUGACUAAGAAUUCAGACGUCCCCUUCUGGGCCAUCAUCCUGACCUGCCUGGUGGGACUCUUGGCGCUCAUCACGUGCCUGAUCUGCUGUUUCCUGGUCACCAUGUGCCGGCAAAGAAGGAGGGAGAUUCUGAGAUUCGGCAAGGAUGCCUGGAACCUGCCCCACCCAGAUCCAAGGACGCUGCAGUGA